AUGAUCACGAACAAAGAUGACAAUACAGAAAAAGUAAAAACUAAAAAAACAAAGUUAAAAACUGAAGAUAUCGUACAUAGUUUCGGACCAGCUCUCUUCUUGGAGCGCAUAUGCGCAAUUUAUCGAUUUAGAAUUUUUGAAGGAAUCUUAAUGCCUACAAGUAAUUUAAUGAAAGUAUUCGGAUUAGUCGUAGUAAUUGUAAUUGCUGCUGUUUUCCUGUACUACUUCGAUAUCCCUGAAGCGCUCUCUAGAGCAGAACCGCUACGGGAUACUAUGGAAGAUUUCCCAUCGAUCGUCAUCCUCAUUCAAUACGUCACGUCUGCCGUGAUGACGUCUUGUUUGCUGAGUCGGGCGAAUAUUCGGAUCAUGAACUCGCUCGCAAACAUCGACUCAACGCUUCGUCUUAACACAAGUGAAGAGUUUUAUAGAAAAUCAAGAAGCCAUUCAGUUAUAGCGCUAUGCGUUAUGGUGAUCAUCCACAUAAUCUCCAGUGCAUCAGAUUUCUUUUUACGAAUUAAUGAAGAUAGUUACUUUAUUAUGGAUAUACUUAAUUAUAUACUGAAUUAUGUUCAAGAUCUCGAGAUAUUAGUUUUCUACUUAAUGAUAAGCAUGUUGAAUCACAGGCUGAAAGUCAUAAAUAAUGACCUAACAAAAAUUCUUCAAUAUAAAGAUAACCAAGGCAAGAUCUCAGUUUAUACGAUCAGACAGAAAAACUCAAAGAACGAAAAACCACUCGAUAUCCACGGAAAGAUGGCAGUCAAUAAUCUACGGGAUUUGUCCUUGGCUUACGACACUAUAGGCGAGGCUUGCCACUUGGUUAACAGCGUUUAUAACUAUCAAAUAUUCAUGACAUUGAUAUCAGCAUUCGUCUACAUUGUAAUAACUCUAUGGACUGCGUUGUUUUAUUAUCGCACUCAAGUGUUCACGGGCAAUUUGGUUUCUAUAAUAUUGUGGUGCUGCAGUGAGAUGCUGACGGUGGCGGCCAUGGCUUUUGUAUGCGAGAUGUUGUUAUCGACGCGGAGCAACACGAAAGUGCUGGUAAACGAGCUGGUGAUGGAGUACGCGCUGCCGGCGCGGACGCGCGCGCAGGCCAAGGCGUUCAUGCGGCUGAUCGACGCAUGGCCGCUGCGCGUCUACGUCUACGACAUGUUCACUGUCGACAUUACCCUCAUGCUGAAGUUCAUAAGCGUAUCUACAACUUAUUUGAUUGUCAUCAUACAAAUCUCUCACUUCGUAUAAAAUACCUUACUUAUCUACACCACCAUUUUAAAAUUGCAAUCACUAAAUAUAGAGUAAGAUCCCAGAGCCGCCAGACCUUACUUAUUUUCUCAUGAAUAAAAUGUAUGGGAUAAUAUAGUGUUAGUAUGUACUUUUCAUGUCUGCAUACUUGCUACCCGGCCCGACGGCCAUUUGUCCGGUACAAGGUGCUAAAGUUAGGUUAAAAUAUUACUAACUUUUCUUUAAUAUUCAUGGCUGAUUUUUAUGUAUGAUUUAGAAAAUAUUGUUAAAAAAUUAUAAUCAACAUUGCCAGACCAUUUCCGCCGGGCGGUAACUAUUACCAGACGCUUUAAAGCGGUCAAAAAUAUUGUGACUUUACUUACAUUCUCACUCUUGGUUUAUAUAUAUGAUACUCAGGGAACUAUUACUAUUACAUUUUGUAAGUAGCCACACCAAUUGCAGGGGCCCAGCUAUCCCCCAGACCCACAUAAAGUUUCACACAAACAAACAUAUAAACUUUAUAUGGGUCUGGGGGAUGGUUGGGUCGUCCAAAUGUUUUCUAAAACAUACAUAAAAAUCAGCCAUGAAUAUUAAAGAAAAGUUAUUAAUAUUUUUACCAACCUUUAACACCGUGUAUCGGACAAAUGGCCGUUGGGCCAAUAUAGCAAGUAUGCAGACAUUAAAAGUACAUACUAACACUAUAUUAUCCCAUACAUUUUAUUCAUGAGAAAAUAAGUAAGGUCUGGCGGCUCUGGGAUCUUGGACUAAUAGGGGUGUGCCAUAAGCACAUUGACAUGUAGGUACCUAUUCAGGAUCAUAAUGAUAGUAGAUUUUAAAAAUAUAUUUUUUUACACACGUUGUUUCUAGAUCCAGAUAGUAAAACGUCCGUUCGACUGCUAAUUUUGUAACCGAUUUACCUUGUUUUGUACUUGAACGACAAUUGUAGUGGGCAAAUUGAACAGGUUGGGUUGCUAGUAUAUUGGGUAAUCGAACUAUUAUUAGGAUAGUAAAAAACCAAAAUAAUAAUUUUGUACAGCGCCAUCUAUGGGCAAAUUGGCUAAUUAAUUUGCGCGAUCUAUAUGUAUGUUUGUUUUUCAGGGAUAAUUCUUUAAAUUCUUUAUCAUGUGAACCGAUUUCAAUAUUUUUUGUUUUAUUUGAAAGGAAGUGUCUUUAAUGUAACUCCUUGUAA